AUGGCCGACAAGAUGGAGAACCCCGAGGAGAAAAUCCAGGAGGGGCUUUUCGACCGCAUCAUCAACAACCUGGUAAGUACGAGGAGCAGCAGACUAACCGCAGACACAGCUGAACGUGAACGUGGGCAAGAUCAACGCGCAGCUCGUGGAGAUCGAGAAACAGAACGAGAAGACGGUGCUUGUGAGCGAGCUGUGGGAGAACUACCGCAAAAAUGCAGAGUUCCAUCUGGCCAAGACGGGCGAGCUCGAGGGGCCGAUCGAGUAGAGAUCUGCUCGGUCGCGUCGCAUACCUACGUGAUUACGCCGCCGCCCGCGCCCGCCGCGGCCGCCCUCGACGUGGACUGGCUCGACCAGCUGUCCUCGCGCGCAAGCCCCAGCAGCACGCCCCAGCAGCAGUCUUCCGACGACUUUGAAAAGCUGUUUGACGUCUUCAAGGCGCCCGCCGCGCCUGCCCCAGCACCCGAGCCCGCCAGCACGCCUCCGGAGCCACGCCCCGCGCCACCGUCAACGUACGCCCAGUUGCUGGACAUGGGCUUUUCCGAGCAGCAGGCCGCAGACGCCGUCCGCAACACAGACACGUUCGACGCGGCGAUCGCGUAUCUUGUCGACGCCGCGCACCAGCACAGCCGGCCGGCGCGGCACGACACCGCGGCGACAGAGGACCUGGGCGCCCUGGUGAACGAUCUGUCGGCAGAGCUCAUGUCCAAGGCGUCGUUUCUGCUCAAUACGGGCAGAAAAAAGCUGAAGCAGGGCAUUGAGAUGUACAGGCAGCACGAGCGCAGAAACGAGCCGGCGUGGAUGCGCAAUCAGGACAGGUACAAAAACGAGGGCUUUUCGGAGGAGGAGGAGAUCGAGAGGGUGAGAAAGCUGGAGGAGGAGCGGAGCAGACGCGGGAAGGGCGGCGGAGAGGAGACCAGAUUGGCGGGCGAGUCGUCGGGCAAACCGCCGACGGGCCCUGCUCCGCUGCUCGAUUUCGGCGACGAGCCGGCUGCCACCUCUGACGGCCCGGUAGAGUCCGCUCCCCCAUCCGCUCCCCCAUCCAUCCCCCCACAGUUCCAGUCUCUCAGACAGCAGGGCAGCGACUACUUCGCCAAGGGCGACUUUGCCGGCGCGCUCGAGACGUACCAGCGGGCCCUGGCGCAGCUGCCCGAAAACCAUCUCUGCCGCAUCAUCGCGUACUCCAACCUGGCGAUCGUGUACUCGCGUCUCGGCGACGCCAAGAAGCAGCUGGAGUCCGCGGAGAACGGCGUGGCACAGGCCGCGAGUGCCGCGAGCGACACGAAAAUAGACGACAAACCAGUGAAAAGCUAUUGGAUUAAACUGGUGGCUAAAAAGGCAGAGGCGCUGGAGCAUCUCGAGAGGUUCAAGGAGGCGCUCGAGGCCUACAACCUGCUGAUCGAGAACGGCGGGUUCUCGAAACCCGCCAUGGACGGCAAACGAAGAUGUCUGAACGUGCUGCAACCGCGGAAACCGGCGAAAAAGCCAGCCCAGAGCUCCCCGUCCCCGACAGCGCCCUCCGCAACCGUCUCGCGCGUCAAGGAACACCACCGCAAGCAGGAGUCGCUCGAGGACGAGAAGUUCGCGCUCCACGACAAGGUCGAACAGCAGCUGCAGAGCUGGAAGGCCGGCAAGGAGGACAACCUGCGCGCGCUGCUUGCAUCCUUGCACCAGAUCCUGUGGCCGGAGCUGGGCUGGAAAACCGUCGGCCUGCCCGACCUCGUGCUCGACAAGAAGGUCAAGCUGGUGUACAUGAAGGCCGUCGCCAAGACGCACCCGGACAAGAUCGCCACCGAGACGUCGACGGAGCGCAAGCUGAUCGCCAACGGCGUCUUCAUCACCCUGAACCAGGCCUGGGACAGGUUCAAGGAGCAGAAUAAAUAG